CAAGUUAGGUUGAGGCGCAGCGCGUAUACAAUGGCCGCUGGAAGGAGGCUAAAGCAAACAAUUUUUAGGCCCGCGGUGAAACAAAAAUAUGAGAAAAAAAUUAAAAAAAAUUCGUAACAUUGUCUAAAGCCGGAAAAAAUAACGGGAAAGUGAUGUUGAGUGUUCCGCGGCCAUCAAAAAUGGGACACAUCAAAUUCUACUCACCACCUAGAAGAAUUAGUGAAACUGGCUGAGAACAUUGUACGUGAAGUUGGAAAUAGUGUUUUGAUUUUUUUUUAUAAACAACAUAAAGUACAGAGGAGGUUUUAGAUUUAUGAUUUGUAGAAAGCUGGGGCACAUUGACAAACAAAAUAUGGGCCUGAAACUGAUUCCAACUAUGGAAAGUGUUAAUUUCCACAAUGAAUAAAACUAGGAGGAAAAAUCUAUGAGCAGGUCCUAAAUGCCAAAUGUAUUGAACACAUGAAACUACAUCUGAAAGAAGAAACCGAAGAAGUUAUAUCAGUGCAACUGGGCAAACACUAAGAGUCCAGUAAUUGGGUCUGCAGUGGACUGCGAUGGCCACUGUCAUCCCUUGUGCUCUUUUAGAUGUAACGGAAACUCAGAAGAUUCUAGCAGGGAAACGUAAACGUAGUGAGACCAAAUCCAGAAAAUCCUUUCCUUGUCAGUUGUGUGGCAAGAUCUUCACUAGUGUUGAGAAAUUGAAAGUGCAUUCAUAUUCCCACACUGGAGAAAGACCCUACAAGUGUUCGCACGGGGACUGUACCAAGGCAUUUGUGUCUAAGUAUAAAUUACUGAGGCAUAUGGCCACCCAUUCACCUCAGAAGAUCCACAAGUGUACUUACUGUGAGAAAAUGUUCCAUCGCAAAGAUCAUCUAAAGAAUCACCUGCAAACUCAUGAUCCAAACAAGGAAGCCUUCAAGUGUGAGGAAUGUGGGAAAAACUACAAUACAAAGCUUGGUUAUAAGCGUCAUUUAGCUCUGCAUGCUGCAACUAGUGGUGACCUUACUUGUCGAGUUUGCUUACAAACAUUUGAAAGCACAGGAGUAUUACUGGAGCAUCUGAAGACGCAUGCCGGCAAGUCAUCAAGUGGCACAAAGGAAAAAAAACACCAAUGCGACCAUUGUGACCGUUGUUUCUAUACUCGUAAAGAUGUUCGAAGACAUAUGGUAGUACAUACAGGAAGGAAAGACUUCCUUUGUCAGUAUUGCGCCCAGAGAUUUGGUCGGAAGGACCAUCUGACCCGUCACAUGAAGAAAAGUCACUCGCAGGAACUGCUGAAGGUGAAAACAGAACCAACAGAUUUUAUCGAUCUACUUAGUUCAAAUACUUCAUUGUCAUUAAAAGAUGAGCUAAGUCCAGUGAUGUCAGUAGUUUCUGGUGAAUUGACAACUAGAUCAUUUACAAAUACUUUGCAAAUGAACAUCUACAGUGCCCAUAUUCAGACCAUGCAAACAUUAGGGGCAACCAAUCAAAUGAUCUCUACUCCAUUACCUUUAGGAAUGGGUUGCCCACUAGAAAUUGAGACUUCAAUUUGCUCCCCUCAAGAACUUUCCUCAAAAUAUUUUCUUGGUUCUACCUCAUAUGCCAUUGCGCUGCCUGAAAAAGGACAACCAUUAAAAAGUGAAAUAGACAGUUUCUUAAUGGAUUUGCAUAGUGAUUUGCUUCCCUCUGCCCAUGACACUCAAUUAUCCUCAUCAAAACAAGGCAUGGAGUCCCAGCCAGGGUCUCUGGGUGAUGGAUCUGGGGAUAUUUUGCUUUCAAAAAGCCCAGCAUUCGUCAAUGAACCCCUGAAUACAUCGUCCUUAGACUUUUCUCAGUUAUUAAGUUUCUUACCGCUAAAUAACUCUUCAUACAAUCAGCCAGUUUCUUUGGGCAAUUCUGGUAUGUGUUAUACACAAGAAGAACCUCCCUCAUCUCUAAUUCCUCUCCCAACGCUGUACCAGGAUUCGCACGAAACUGGUAACAGCAUUGGUCUCAAUGCUCUGCAUCCCUUAUCUACAGUCUUCACAACUAGCUUAAGCACAACAACCCUGCCACGUUUUCACCAGGCUUUUCAGUAGACAGUAGAACAUUUCUUAACUAUUUCAACUUCCAAUGAUUGUAAUUUCAAUUAUCCUGAUGAAACAUUAAGAAAUUGAACUGUAAACUCUUUAAUGGCUUGUAACAUCAGUGCUAAUUUGAAUCACCACCAGUGGCAAGCAAGACCAAGAUAAAAUGUACAGCACAGUACUAUUUAUUUUUGGACAUGAUAGGAACAUUCUAUUUAGCACUUGGUUUAUAAUAAUAUACAAUGGGGAGCAAAUUUGAGUCUAAAGCAUGAUUAAUAGAGUCGUGGACAGCCUGGAUGUUUACAUUUAGAAUUUCAUACAUAAUAACAGUCCUCAACGCUAUCAUUGUAAUGGUUAUUGAGUUCUAAUUUUAGGUUGUACUGACACCAAUAAUUAGUCUUUCAGAACUGUAUAUCAGAUGCAAAACAAAAACUGCUGGAGUAACUCAGCUAGUCAGGCAGCAUCUAGCGAGGGAAAGAGACUGUCAAGAUUUAUAUCAGAUAGUGACUGCAAAUUGAAACUGAUUUAUACCUGACAAGCAAACUGUAUUCAGUUCUUGAAAAUAUUGCUGCUCUGUUUAACGAUUUUUGCACAGUUCCAUUUCAUAGAUCUUUGAGGGUGCAUUUUUGCAUUUAAAAAAUGUUUGAACACCAAAAAACCUUUUGAACUUUGGCCAUAUCAAUGCACCAAAGUUGGUUUAUAACCCAUUGAUUUUUAUUUAUGAAAAAUGCUGAGUAUAGGUGACCUAUUUUUCAAGAAAGUUUGGUGAAAACCUUUAAAAAUAAUUAAACAUACCAUCAGAUAAGAUAUUAAAACUUGUAAAAAUCCAGAAGAUAAUUUUUAAUUCCUUGUAAUGAUGUGGAAUAUAAAUAAGAGUUUUUCCUAAUUUAAAUUGAUUGUGUACCUUUUAAAUUCUGUGGCAUGUACUGGAGAUUUUAUAUUAUAUCAUAGGUUGUCAACUAAACAUCUGAAUCAGACAUAUGGAUAAGUCACAAAUAACUUUCAAUUUUGAUCUUGAAUGGUAUAAAAUCGUCUAUUAGAUUUUUACCCACAAAUAUGGAAUUUUUCCUCAAAAUAAAUGAGUGAAGUGAAGACCCAAGUUCCCUAAACAAAGCACAGCCUUAAGAAGUGAGGAAAUAACUGGUGAAAGAUAAUAAAUAUCCUACCAAAAUGUUACUUUCAUUUCUAUUCAUUUUGUUGGUCAAAUUCUCAAGGUUCAAUACUCAAUUCUUAUUUUAAGUUUUAGAUAGAUAUAUCAUUACUGCCACAAAGAGCAAAUAAUUAUCCGUAGUAGCGUAUUUUAAGAAACAAUUUGCUCAUUUGUCCAUCUUUGUGUAGUUAUGCCCAGUGAAGCCUUUUUCUCAUAUUAAAUCAGACUCAGCAGGUCAGGCAAUGUCUGUGGCAUGAGAGAGAAACAAAAUUUUGGAUUGAUGAUCUUUUUUUUCCUUGUAUGUAUCUCACAUGUAUAUUAGUACUUUAAUUCAGAUAGGCAUAAUAGAGAAUUAUUAAUUUGGAGUUAAAUGGCCGAAUGAAAUUCUGUUUUGAACAUUUUUUUUGGUUACUAUUUGUGGCAUUGUACUAUUCAGAGUACAUGAAUGUAAUUUUUUUUCUACAGAAAUGUAAUAUUAAUUCAGCUGUUGCAAGAUCUGUGAUCAUGAUUUAAUUAGCGAUUUGAUACUUGGGACAAACUGACAAUUAGGACUUUGAAUCUAGUAUAGUAAAGUCAGAUUUAAUAAAGCAGCUACCAGAAUGUG